UGGAUGCGUCGAUAGGACAGAAGAGGGCUGCCCAUCUGGCGCAUGGUCCUCUUGCCGCAGAACCUUGCUCAGUUCUCGAAAGACUGAGCCUCCCGCCACUUAGUCAGGCAUGCAUCUCAACUGGAGAAAAAGCACAACUCGGGGAAAUCAAGGUCCUCCCGUGGGCCAACCGGUUCGUUUGUUUGCUGUUUGUCAACCGCAAGCUUAGCUUGGACAGUUAAGAGGCUGCCCAUCCAUCUGUUCUCGGUUGCAACGGUCGCCAUUUUAUUAUUAUCUGUUCCGCGUUUCCUGCCUGCAGAAUAUCCAAAGGCUAUUGAUCCGCCCCAGAUCUCCCCAUGGAUAAUUAGUUACCUUUUUGCCCUUUUCUUGACCUUGCAUGGAUGGGGUACCGGGAAGAUAAGAGAAGGAUAUCCUUAUCAUUCCCGUUCGGCAUUCAUUCAGGUGACUGGUCUGACCUGGUCCAGGAAGAAACUCAGGUUUAUCAAAUAGGAGGAAGGAGGGCAGCAGUGUUCAUGGCCGCGUAUUCGGACAGCCAAAAAAAUCCCCGUCAACAGGCACGCAAAGGUGGUGAGACGAAGAGCUCUCUCACCCCAUAGCCCUCGCAUCACCUGCUCAUGACAGGGUACCCACUGGUAUGGUUGGUAGCGCGAGUUCACAGUCAUCCUUACCCGGACGAUGUUUGCUUUUUUUUUUUUCUUCUCAUUAGUUGUCCCUCUUCCUUUCCCCAGAAAACGAGAGACGACUCAAAACCAGACCACAGCCCUAGUACAAACGGGAAAGGUGUGCAUUCUGAAAGAUAGACAUUCUCUCUUGUUUGUCUGGCUAGCUCUUCCAUUUGACCGGUCGAAUAGCUGGCUAGGUGACCGGAUAGGUGUUGUCAUUCCCCCGUCACCGUACCACCAGCCGCCAACUAAACCGGUCGACUUGCCAGCAGCCUCUGACCACCGGCCACACUUAAUACAUGUGGUAGAAAGUUGACACCGGCUAACUAAAGUUGCUUUUUUCAGCCUGUCACUCUAGUUACUCUUGUACACGAUUAAUAAGCUCUCGGACAGCGAGCUGUAGUAGGAAUAAUAAUAAUAAUAAUAACGUCCGAGGCGAGAGCCAACUUACCUGCUGCUAUCGUCUUCACCACCGGCGGCCUCAUCUCAGGAUCCGCCGUCUUUGCUGGUCAGGGUCCUUUGACUGGGCGUUCGUUCUUCUGCUCUCCACAUCUCACCCACAAUCAACUGGUUUAUCCUGCAUGAAGAAGAGCCUGAAAGAUGGGCCUCCUUCAGAUGUUCACAGAAGAGGAAGAAGAAGAAAAAGAGAUGAAGUUGUUUUUUUUUUCUUUACGUGGGAGGUUGAAGCCCUAACUGGGACCAUCACGCCUCAGUCACAUGGGCUCACAUGGGCUCAGGUGAU